GCCGCUUGCCAUCUCUCCCGCGGUGGUCUACAACCCAAUCCGCGUGAAGGGAAGGAAUCAAGCAGGAGGAAGGGAGAGACAGAGGAGAGAAAGAACCCCCAACAAGAAGAGAGUCGCCGCCGGCGGAAGGGAAUCAAGCAAGAAGAUGACUCGGGGCAGCCAGAGGGAGCGCGACCGCGAGCGCGCCGCGGCGCGGAAGCCCAACUCCAAGAACGGCGGCGACGGCCUCACCCCGGAGCAGCGCCGCGAGAGGGACAAGAAGGCGCUGGAGGAGAAGAACGCCAAGAAGGCGGCGCAGGCCUCCGGGAGCACCUCCACGGACGCCAAGGGCAAGGACGCCAAGAAGUAGCAGGAGAGGCGCCGCCGGAUCCCGCCCCCGCCACCGGGAUGGGACGCCGGCGCCACCACGAUUGCCAUGCGUUUGUACCCUGUUUGCUCGCAGCAUCUGCGGAUCCUUGUGCCUUAAUCGUGUAUGGUUGGUUAAAACUGUCGUUGGCUGCAAAUCUUUGUUGCAUGAGUUUGUUGUACUCUGAUGAAAUCCUCAACUCGUGAUGAUAAUAAUGAUAAUAAGCAGCAGCGUUCUCUCUUAAGUUAUUUCUUACCGCCUCUCUUUCGUUGCGGCCU